AUGAGCAAUUCUGACGAAAGUCGAGAUCCAUCUUUGUUAUUUGCUAGUGGUGAAGAAUAUGAGGAACCCCCGACCAAUGAGAUUGAUGUUGAAAAUUUAACAAUCCUUGACGAGCUAGAAAAGGAAUUGUUCCAUGUAGUGCACCGUGGAGAGCUAAGAAAGGAUGGAAAAUCGUUAGCAGUUACUCUUAAAGGUCCGGCAAAUGUCACUGAUGAGACGCAGCAGAAAAUGAUUUUCGAUGAGAUUCCAGUACUGAUUGAUCUCAAGAAGAAUCCGAAUAUUUUGGGAUUCGUUGGUGUUGCUGAAAAAGUACCGGGUCAAUUCUCCAUUGUUUCCGAGUAUGCAGAAAAAGGAUGUCUUCUGAAUUUCCUGAGAGAUACAUUGAGCCAAGGAAAAUUCCAAAACCAGCUCGUGGAAGAUGAAGAUGAUGGAUUUGUGCAUGUUAAUAAUGAACCAUCAUCCUAUUCGAACAAUUCUAACAAUGAGACUCCAUCUUUGAAACAUGGAGUACACCCAGAUGCCAUUUUCAUUUCUGACUUGGUCGCAUUUGGAUGGCAAAUUGCCAGUGGAAUGAAGCACUUGGCAAACUUAUCGUACGUUCACCGUCAACUGGCUCUUCGCUCAAUUUACAUUGCCAACGAUAAAACUAUCAGAAUCGGGGGCUUGGGAUUGGCCAGGAAAAAUGAGAAGCACUAUUACAGAAUCAUCCACAAAGAAAUGCCUCUUCCAUUCCAUUGGAUGGCUCCGGAGACUCUCGCAAAUCACAAAUUCGACGAGAAAUCCGAUGUUUGGGGUUUUGCCGUCUGCCUUUGGGAAAUUUUUUCUCUAGGCGGAAUCCCAUAUCAAGACGUUGGGGACAUUUUACAGUUCCUGAAAAUUGGAAGACGUAUUUCGAAACCAGAUUGUUGUCCUCAGCAGAUAUAUCAAUUUAUGCUGAGAUGUUGGGAUUGGGAACCGGAAAAGCGUCCAUCAUUUGACGAAUGUGAACAAUAUUUCAAGACCUAUCUGCUAGAAAAUGCGCCACAGGUUCUCCAAAAAGUAACUGACCACUUGAAGGCUGUCGUUGAAUCCCACAAAAAAUUGGAUGAAUGGGUUCGAUAA